UGUGACUGCGGGGGUCAGUCGGAGGUGUUUUAGCGGGACACCAACGUGACACCUUGGAGGCAGCCGUUGUAGCUGAAGCUCCGUGAGGAAGAUGAGCACCAAACAGGUGACCUGCAGGUACUUCCUCCACGGCGUGUGCAGGGAGGGAAGCCGCUGCCUGUUCUCUCAUGACCCGGCCAACAGCAAACCCUCCACCAUCUGCAAGUUCUACCUGAGAGGAGUGUGUGCCUACGGAGAACGCUGCAGAUACGACCACAUCAAAUAUUCAUCCAGAGGAGGAGGAGGAGCUUCAGAGGAUCAUGCAGGUGUGGGAGGGGCUGGAGGCGGGGCUUCAGUCAGAGGCGUUAAGAAGACCAUGGUCCUCAGAGAAAGAGGUGAUAACACGCUCAGACACGGACGAGGCCACGCUGCAGUCCUGGGUGCAGACAGCAUGUUUGGGGGUCCAGCAGACAGUGUGGGGUCAGAGGUCGCGGCAGCAGCUCCUCAGUCGUAUGUGGACGCCAUCAGGACGGGUUUGGACGCUUCAGCGCGGGAAGAAGCUCCUCCCCCAGUGGGCGGGGCUUACCAGGACCUCCCCCAGCUGUGUCCCUACGCCGCCGCCGGACACUGUUUCUAUGAAGACAACUGUACGUAUCUCCAUGGCGACCUGUGUGAGGUGUGCGGGCUGCAGGUGCUCCACCCCCAUGACCUCGAGCAGAGGAGGGCGCACGAGAAGAUGUGUCUGCUGGCCUUCGAGGCCGACAUGGAGAAGGCCUUCGCAGCCCAGCUGAGCCAGGACAAGGUGUGUUCUAUCUGCAUGGAGUUGGUGGUCCAGAAGGUGAACCCGUCGGACCGCAGGUUCGGUAUUCUGUCCUCCUGCUGCCACACCUUCUGUCUGGCCUGCAUCCGACAGUGGCGCUGCACCAGAAACUUCAGCAACAAGAUCGUCAAGUCCUGUCCAGAGUGCAGAGUCAUCUCAGAGUUCGUCAUCCCUUCGGUCUACUGGGUGGAGGACCAGGAAGAAAAGGACCACCUCAUAGAGCUCUUCAAGUCUGGAGUCAGUAAGAAGGCCUGUAAGUACUUCGAUCAGGGCCGCGGCUCGUGCCCGUUCGCAGGGAAGUGCUUGUACCUUCACGCCUUCCCAGACGGAACCCGAGCAGAACCCGACCGGCCGCGGAAACAGCUGAGCUCCGAGGGGAACGUCCGGUUCAUGAACAACGUCCGUCUGUGGGAUUUCAUCGAGGAGCGCGGGCAGCGGUCGCUCCCAGCAUCCCUGCCGUCUCUCGAUGAUGACAUCACGGAGCUGAGGGAGCUCUUCAUGCAGAUGUCGGGGCCGAGCCAGGACGGGCCGGAGACCCCGCCCGGCGCAGACCAGUAGAGGCCGGACCGGACUGUGUCCUCUGGUCUAAGUGGUAACCAGAGGCACGCGGGGAGUCUAGACGUGACGGCCAUGUUUGUGGACUAGUCACCGCAAUAUUAAAUCAUGUGAUCACUCUGCAGCUCCCUGAUGUGUUUCAGUCCGCAAAUCUAAAUCCAUCUUGUUGGUAAUUACUUUGACAUUUUAUUUAUUGUGUAAAUACGUAAAUACAGUCAGUGUGAAGUCA